ACUCCCAAACAUGUAAAGUGCGAUGAAUCUGACUUGUCAUUUACUCCCACUAGACUUAGCACCAUGGUGACCCAGCGACCGACUUCGGAUGUGGACACUGGCAGACAUAGACGAACAAACGCUUCAUCGUAAUGAGAGCUGACUGUAGUCUAACGACCCGUCAACAGACGCACUCACUGAUGUUACCAGGUUCACAGGCUUGAUCAACGGUUGGUUCUUCAUUCUCUGCGCUCAUCAUGCCAGUGGACUGACACGUCUAUGAGCUAUACUAACCCUUCGACAAGCACCUUAUUGCUCUGCGUGCAGCUGCAACGAGUAGAAGUGGAUGUAGAAACAGAUCGAUCGAGAGCGCAUAGUCAAGCGGGACUAAUCUGAAUUUGGCGGUGAAGGACAGGAGUGUUUAGGAAACAGCCACUAACAGUCUGCAAAUAGAAAUGCAGCUUAUUGAAUAACACCCGUCCACCGUCACGCCGAAACCUGUUUUGAUGCUUCAGAUUACUCCUCUGAUUAACGUAUUUCAGGAGUGGGCCCUUUGACUCGGAGUCCUUAAAUAGUUUCUUCGUUUGAAACUUGUGCUCGGUAUCUUCCCCUCAACAUGGCAUUGAACCCAAGUACACUCACUUUCCUGGCGUCGUUGACAACAUGGUGGAUAUACCACUCGUUCGAACCCGCAGAUCUACUCUCGACUUCCCUUCUCCUAUUCGGUGUUCCAACCAUGCUAAUUGCCUUCCUCCGAGCGCAAUUCACGUCGCUUGUCACUGCCGUCCUGACCACCUUUGUCUCAUACUAUUUUAUCUUGCUCGCCCUAGUAAUUGGAUACAGGUUGUCUCCUUUCCACCCUCUAGCUCAGUAUCCUGGUCCAUUGCCAGGGAAGAUAUCGAAGUUGUGGGAUGUCUGGAUGACUGCGAAAGGCAGCCAUCAUCAGUACGUGAGAGCGCUCCAUGACAAAUAUGGGGAUAUUGUUCGCAUCGGACCCAACGAACUCUCGAUCCGUCACGAAGAUGCAAUCGCACCCAUCCUGACCAGAGACCUUCGCAAGGGCCCCUAUUAUGACUCCCGCCAAGCUGACGGCAAACGCGCUCUCGACGGGAUACGCGACUUCGUCGAACAUGCCGCUCGACGUAAGCCAUGGACGAAAGCGACGAGUAUCUCAGCUAUUAAGGGGUACAGCGAAUAUCUAACAAAGACAGUGGAUGAACUGGUUCAGGCGUUAGACGUUAAGCAGGAAGUGGAUAUAUCGGAUUGGAUGACGUUCGUCGCAUUCGAUUUCAUGGGCGAGAUGAUCUUCAGCACGGAAUUCGGUAUGAUAAAAGCAGGAAAGGAUACGACCGGGAUCUGGCAUGCUCUCGAAGAAGGUACCUUUGCUGCAGGGAUACUUUCCCACAUUCCUUGGAUCUUUGACUUCCUCAAACAUCUCCCUCAAGGUGGUUCCGCCUUCGCGGUUCUGCAAAUUAUAGGUGCCCGAAUCGCAAAACAGCGUAUAGAAGCCGGGUCCAGCAAACGUGAUCUCUUCCACUAUCUCGUCAGCGAAGAUGAAUCCACUGGGAUAAAACUCACCCAUGAGGCAGCCAUUUCUGACGGAAUGAUGUCUAUUGUCGCUGGCUCUGAUACAUCCGCUACCAAUCUUACACAUCUCUUCUAUUUCUUACUCAAGAACCCGGAAAUGAAGAAGCGGUUGCAGGAGGAGAUUGACCAUAUUUUCCCGCAAGGAGAGGAAACUGCGGAUUAUACGAAGCAGAGCGAGAUGCCAUAUCUGAAUGCUUGUAUUAAUGAAUCUCUGAGGCUCUAUCCUGCCGUUCUAUUUGGGUUGCAGCGUCGUGUCGAGAAAGGUACCGGCGGAAGGAUGAUUGGACCUUUCUUUGUCCCGGAAGGGACCCAAGUCUCCGCCGAUCUCUUUUCUCUGCAUAGGGACCCACGCUACUUUUCUCCUAUCCCUGACACAUUCUGGCCCGACCGUUGGCUCACUCAAUCUUCUUACACCCUUCCAUCUGGCGAUACGAUUCCUUCCACACAAUUAAUCCACAACAAGGCAGUAUUCAACCCAUUCUCCGCUGGCCGCCAAAAUUGUGCAGGCAAAUCUAUCGCAUGGAUAGAGAUGCGGGCCAUUAUGUGCGCGGUUUUGCAGAGGUUUGAUAUAGACGCUGUUGACGGGUUUGAGCUGGAGAGUUAUGAGAAGUCGUUGGUUGAGGUUUAUGUUACGCAUCGGGGUGCAUUACCGCUUAGGUUGAAGACUCGGUACUGAACUUUAGGCUUGGCGAUCUGAUUAUUUUCUCAUUCUGCGUUUCGAUGCUACGUUUCUUUAGGUCCUUGACUUUCUACUAUGAAAGAUGCUAUUCGUUGGCCCUUGUAACACCACAUUGAACAGAAAAUCUUCAAACCCCAGAGUACUUACUUAAGAUGAGUGUCGGAUUGGUUACAGACAUGUAUUUUUUAAGAGACUACGUACAGGUGAACUACUGCAGUAUUUGAGAACAAUCUUCACCGACCGACUAUUACCGUUGCCAAAUUGGUUGAUGAGUAGACGAUCAUCAGAAUAAACCUAACGGGAAGUACCAGAUAUAAACUCACAUUGGGGGAAUUCCAUAGAACGGGCAAAGAUGGCCCCACCAGAUGUUGUGAAGGUGCCUGGGUACAGUGCAUGAGGUUCUCUCUAUUGAGACCGCUGUAAAUCAUUCAAUGUUCGAAUAUUCAUGCCUUGGGGCCUGAGCAUACCAAAGUGUGUACAAUAUGGCCGCUCCGCUC